CCUGGUUGACCGCACCUUUUUUUAUUCCGCCUUCCUUCCCUUUUUUUAUUUUUUUAAUAUCCUUUACAUCGUUACUGGUUCUAUUUCCUAUAAUAGUGCUGAUUAUCCUCUAAUUAUUACGCAUGUCAUCGCUGGACGAAGAACGUCAGCCGCUUUUACCGUCAACAAACAACGGAUCCGGUUGUUGUGCAACCAAGAAGUCCUGUUGCGCAUCAGGCAAAGGAUGCUGUUCAACGCAAAUGCGGCCACAAAGGUGCAACAUACCGACUACUGAUGAUGAUUACUGUCACUUGGCUGACGAACCCUGGGAAUAUAAAGCUGUGGCUUUGUCCUGUGCACUGUUUUUAGCAGUUGGCAGUCACUUUGCCGCCCACACGCUAGGCGCCACGAAGAACAUAUUAAAGAAAGAAUUUGAUAUCAGCAACUCACAAUAUGGUGUAAUCCAAUCGAGUGUAUCUGUAGUGAAUACCAUCCUGCCUGUUUUGGGUGGCAUUUUCAUUGACGCUUUUGGUACGAUUCCGGGCUCGAUUCUUACGACGGUUCUGGUGGCAUCAGGGAAUAUUCUUGUCGCCCUGUCUAUUUCGUCAAAAAAUUUACCCAUGAUGAUCAUUGGACGCGUGCUGUACGGCAUUGGCAGCGGUACUGUAGUGAUUGUGCAGGAAACUAUUCUCAGCCAAUGGUUCCGCGGCCGUAGUUUGGCAGCUGUUGUGGCUCUUAUGUUGACCGUGAGCCGAUUGGCGUCAUUUCUAGCUCAAGCAACGGUUGUCCCAAUUGCCCGUUGGACUGGUUGGUAUGGCUACGGAUUCUGGUUUUCUGCUAUGCUUUGCGUUUUCUCCCUGGUGGUGAAUCUUGUAUAUAUCAUAUUGUUACGCAGAGUAUCCAACCCAUCCGUCGAUUGCCAGAAGCGCGUUGAAGUCAUCAAGCGAAAGAAAUCGUUCAGUUGGUCCAAAUUACUGUUUUUACCUCACUCGUACUGGCUUAUUGCCAGUAUGGAAUUCCUUUUGGGCGGAGCUUGGGGAUGUUUUCUCCAUAUCAACAGUGAAUUUGUUAAAUUCCGUUUCGGAUUUGACGAUGCGCAUGCUGCCGCUACAGCCAGUGUAGCUCAAGUAUUACCUGUGGCCCUGAUGCCUAUUUUAGGAAUGUGCGUCGAUCGUUAUGGCAAACGAACAUGGAUGAUGAUCGGCAGCGGCAUGUCUCUUUUGAUCGCAAUGUUGCUUCUGGAAUUUACCAACAUACAUCCUAUCUUGGGAAUGCUGAUUUUUAGCGUGAGCUUGUCGUUGGGACCAGUUGGUCUUGUGUCAUCGGUACCUGUCAUCUUGCCUUUAUCACUGGUAGGCACGGGCAUGGGGCUCAUCAAAUCGGGAACCAACAUUGGCAGCGCUAUUUUCGAUAUCACCACAGGCUUGUUGCAAGAUGCAGAUCGCAAUAAGGGUUACAGCGGCGUGGUGCUUUUCUUUAUUGCUAUCGCAUCACUUUCCGUCUUGGCUGGUGUGGUGCUUAGUAUCCUUGAUCACAGCAUGUAUAACGACAUAUUGGAUCGGUCGGCAAGUCUCGCAGCGCGUAUCAACAAAGACAAGACCCAAAACGCGGCGCCUACGCUCGUCAAACUAAAAUCCAAUUAUUUUUACGCAACACUGUAUCUUUCACUGGCAGCUGUCAGCUGGAUGCUAUUCUUCCAUUUUGUGCUAUUCUAACGGAAUCCAAUGCUCCUUGCAUUCAUCUUACAUUGUUCUUCCUGCGUUGCAUUUUUUACGUCUCUCACCCUCCUCUCUUCCAUAUUUUUCCCCUUACGAUUCUUGUUAUUAUUUUAUACCAGUUGUGUAGAUAGAAUACCGUUGUGUUAUCACUAUUUGUUUUGUUAUUCAUUUAUAAAAUCUAGAAUAUCAUGUGGCCUGUCCAAUGUAUAAAUGUAGCACAAGU